UGACUCUGAGCACGAACGACCGUCUUUCAACAACGAGCAAGAACCCGAAUGCCAACACCAGCUCUUCAAGAGACAUACAUGGACUCCAUUCUUCACGACAGAUACCCAAAACAACAGGCGCAUCCUCCUUGGAAUACACUUCAAGAGAGGAUAGGUCCAAGCCACAAUCCUCGCGAGCCACAAAGCAUAAAGUGAAAGAAGAAGGAAAUGGACAAGUGGAGGAGGUGGCGAAAGCCAAGGACGCGUACGCUGCCCUCUGCGCGGUCGGCAUGCCGGAAGAGGUGACUAGGGAAGCUUUCAUCAGGCUCUACCUGUCGUCCGAUUGCACUUCUCUCUCUGGUGGAAAGGGAAAAGAGCGCGAGAAGCAGACAGAUUACCCGCACCGGAAUGAGAAGGGCAAAAGCAGUCAAGUUGCAUCACACGAGAAAGACACGACAAACAGCAUACCAUGGAAUGCUCUUAUCGACACCCUCGCCGCCCAGCUCGUCGGUCGAUCCGAGGUAGCCCGCGUGCGUUGCAUUCUUCAGUCCUCAGAAGGCGAUGGACCGCACAAACACCUAUCCAACCGGCUUGCGAGCGCGCACCGCAUCCUGAACGCGACGAGGCGCGAAUGGGAAGUUGAACGUGCCAGCUUGGAUGCACUAGGGAAGCAGCUGCAAUCGCUAAGAGCACAAGUAGCUGAGCGGAGGCGUGUGCUGCUCCUGCUCGGAGUGCUGGAAAAGCAGGAGUUGGCACGCCUUGCGCGCUUAGGAGACGGUGCAAGUGACUCGGGGAGGCGAGGUUUAGGAAACCUAAUUCAGGAGCUGCAGCGAGAGUCAGUACUUCGGAUUCAAGAAGUGGGAGGUGUGCUUGGGGAGAUAUCCAAGGUAAAUAUGGCGCCUAUGCCUGCUCAACCACCAAGGAAGACGCCCAUCGUGGCGGGCGGUGCAUACAGGCAUACCAGAGACGCGCUUGCCGGAUUCCAUGCUUUGAACAUCCGUCUUCAAGCCGCCCAUGAGGAUGUCCCAAAGGGAGAACCAAUCACGCCUACGCAAGCGGAAUUGGACGAGCGCCUCUCCAGUGCCCUUCACAGACUAGGCGUGGCCGGGGUGGAGCUGCCGAGGAUGAGGACAAAUUUCCAAGCCCUUGCACGGCUCCGCGUAUCUCGCCACCUCCAAUUCCCCUCGGGCCAUUCAAAUUACACCCUCGAAGAACUCGAAACGUCCCUCAACACCCACCUGGAUACCCUCCAAACCAAGCGACGCGCCGUAGAAUCAAAAAUCGCACGUGUCGUCGGCCUUGGCUGGGUAGCAGAAGGGUGCGUCGACGCCCUCGCAACAUUUCGGUUCGAGACGGCGCCAGCGCUCCGGACGCUGCUCAGUGAGGAAGCAAGGAGGAUCGAGGGGCACGUCGAUCUGAGGCUGAAGGCGAUCAUUUCGAGCUCAAAUUCGGACUCUCCGCCUGAAGGCCAAGGGAAGCUAGACGAGGACUUUGCGCGUAACGUCAGGUUCAUGUUCGGCACGACGCGCGUGGGCGUGUGUGAAGAGGUCGUGGAACUGCUUCACGACGCGUCGAUGAGAGAAAAGAUGUGCAAAGGGUUGGCAGCGGUUGGAUCUGGAUCUGGGAUCGAAGACAAGGGGGGAAUAGAAGUUGGGGUGGGUGAUGAGAGGAACGCAAAGCUCUUGGAGAGAAAGGCGCGCAAGGCGGAACACGGAUUCGCCAUCGCCGGCGAGGCAAUAGCAUCGACGUUCGUGUAUUAUACCCUCCAUUUAUAAU